AUGGGAUUUGGUUUGUUGUGGAAGAGAUGGAUGGAUAUUUUGGAUUUUCAAAGUAAGAUGUCCGUUUUGGUUAAUGGAAGUCCGUCUAAGGACUUCGUGGUGGAGAAAGGUUUGAGGCAAGGUGACCCCUUAUCCCCUUUUCUCUUUGUUUUGGUGGUAGAGGGUCUUGCGGGUUUAGUGAGGAAAUCUUUGGAGAAUGGUGAUUAUAAAGGUUUCGAGAUUAAUGGGAGUUGUGUGGUUGAUAUUCUUCAAUUUGCGGUUGAUACUCUUAUACUUGGGGAAGAUUCUAGGAGGCAUGUGUGGGCUCUUAAGGCGGUGCUUAGAGCGUUUGAACUUGUUUCGGGUCUUGGCAUAAAUCAUCACAAGAGUAAAUUGAUUGGUUUUAAUAUGCCGGUUUCGGUGGUUAAGGAAUUAUCUAGAAUUCAAGAUAAUUUCUUGUGGGAUGGCGGGGUGGAGGAUAAGAGGAGGAUUCAUUGGGGGGUUAUGGAGCCCCGUGCAGUUCGAGCCUUGUUAAGGCUCAUCCGUUUAGAGAAUUCCAGUGCAGUUUUCCUCAUGGAAACCCGAUUAAAGAAAGAUGAUCUUGGUAAUAUUCAAUUUAAAAGCGGCUUUGAGUUUGGCUAUGCUAUUGACUAUAAUGGGUCUAGUAAGGAUCGUUCUGGUGGCUUAAUUCUAUUGAUCAUGGCAUUCAAGUAG